CUGACAGUGUGUUGUCAGUCACUGGAAGACGCAGCUCGCCAGAUCCGUGAUAAUGUUUCCGAGAAAUAUUCACGCUCACGACGAUGUGCAACAUCCGAUACUAUUCCUCAGCGCGAUUACGUAUUGGAUUUCAGCAAAUACAAAUCCUCAGCUUCUGAAUUUUUUCAUGAUCCACGUAGGUGGUUUCAGUUGACGUCAAACAACGCUUUCCUGGAACUUUUGUUACAGAUACCUUUGGCAGUAAUGGAAACAACAAGUGACAGUCGGCGUGUUAUUGAUGUACAGUUAAAAACCCAUUGCCACAGUGUUAUCAACACAGCUAGUGAUAUGAUUAUCAUGGAGCUCGCGGAAUACAUCUCAAAAGCUGAGAAUGCAACGGCUGCAGCCGAUUUUGAUCUUGCGAAAAGUGAGGCGCUGAAACCGGAAACUAUGCAAAAUUUUGCGGGGCAAGCGUAUAAGAAGUUGACGCGCUUGUGGCCAGAAAUAAAAAAAUGUUUCGAUUUGUAUAUCGGCGUUAAAGAAACUGAAGAAAUUCUUUUACAGCCGAUAAAAAAGAAGAUCAUUGACGUGAGUUCUUUCACCGUAUACAUUUUUCUGCUUCUAAAGACCGUUACCUUAGGGUUUUUAUAUUAGCU